CCAGCGCUGAGCGGGAGGCCCCGCCCUGCGGGGGGGCGGGGAGCCCGAGCGCGGGUGACGUCCCGGUCGCGCCUGUCCUGCCUUUUGGGGCUGCGCUGGAAGGCAGCUUGCUAGACUGAGGUUCUUUGUGGUGUCUUCUAGAAGUACUGAACUUUGCAUUCCAAACGCAGAUAUAGGAUCCUUUUUCGGUUAAUUUUGCGACAUUUGUAAAGUCUGUCCAGUGAGUUUCUUUGCAAAGGUGUUCAGAAACAGCUGUGGAAAAGACUUUUCUCACUGAUUUUUGUUGUUGCUGUAGUCUGUUUGUUCUUCUGUCAAAUAUACUUUGACUAUAUUUUUGUCUUUAUUUCUGUUUAUGUGUUAAUAUUUUUCCCCAAAUAGUGCAUUGUUUUGAGUACUGAAGUCUGAUGGGAAAUGUAGUUAGGAAGCAUUGCAGCUGGGUCUUUUGUAUUGUGUUCAUCAUUGCCUCAUUUCCACGCACCUUUGAUGUUCCCUGUUACGAUAAAUAUUUUUUUUAGGAUUUUAUUGGAAGUGUAUUGAUUGAGCUUCUAGUUUAAACUGAGAGCCAACAUCUUAUUAAGACUUCCUAUCACGAGUGUGGUAUGCUAGAUAUAGAUGAACACAUUUGUAUUUUCCCAUAGUGUCAGAAAAUUUUUGAAUAACAAUAAAUUCAAAAGGCACAGUGGUUUUGAAGGUAGCAAUUUCAGAUAAUUCCACUUACUGUGGUAAUUGGGACAAGGCUAAUGCAGGUUUAUUCCAGUCUUAAUUAGUAAUAUUCUUAAAUCACACAGCACAGUAUAGCUGUGCAUACAUGUAGUUUAUAAAAUGAAUACAAGUAAAAGAAAAGGCAGAGAAGUGGGCCGAGAGACAUGCAGUGGGCCGAGAGACAUGCAGUGGGCCGAGAGACAUGCAGGUAGAGCCUGUAUUGGUAUGCUAAGGAACUCAAACCUAGGAUGCCCCAGGGAGGACUCAGUUUUGUCAGCCCUGCUACAGAGUUCUAGUUGCUGGAUAGAAGGUGGAACCAGGCUUUGAGAAUAGGCAACUGGGUUCAGGUCCAGGUCUAGAUUGGGAGGGAUAGGCAGUGGAGAGGCCGGGCUAACAGAGGUUGGACCUAGUUUAUUUGAAACCUUGGGGACAGGAGUUCCCUGUCUGUCCCUUCACAUACAUGCCAAGUAUGAGAUGAUAGUUUGGUUGGGUUGGGGCCAGCCAUCCUCCUGCUUGGUGUCCGUCACUUUAUGAGGCCAGGAGAGGGAGUUAUAUACUUUCCUGGUCUGGCAGGUUCUUGGCCUUGGUUUCCCUGAUAGUGUUUUAAUACACUCAUGUGCCCCUGAUAAACUUAUAGAGUGGCUCCCUUUCUGUUCCUGGGAAUAAGCCAUUUAUCAGUCUUUGCUGUUUGAGUGAACAGGUAGUGUUGUUGUGGAUCUACUCUAGGGGUUGUAGUCAUUCUCUUCUCUUAAAAUGGAGUCAAAUGGAGUUUCAGGGCAAGGCACUGCCUAGAAAGAAAGCCACUGUUUUUCACAACAUGGAGUAACUGGAACAGGGCACAACCUGAUCUCAACACUGAACAUAUCUUGGAUAUGGAUAUCCAGGAUUCUGCAGUAGCACUCUCUUUAUUAAGUAGAUUAUUUUCAUUAGUGAUUUGUAGUUUGGAGCUGGAGAGAUGGUUUAGUGAUUGAGAACUUGCUGCUUUUCUAGAGGACUGGAGUUCCAUUCCCAGUGACCACAUGGUAGCUUACACCUAUCUGAAACUCCAGUCUGAGGGGAUCUGAAGCCCUCUUCUGGCCUUCAUGGGUACCAGGCACAAAUGUGGAGCAAACAAACACCCAUAUAAAUAUAUAUGUAUUUAAAAAAAAAUAAUUUGUGGUUAAUGUCUGCAGGCUUACCCUCCCCCUUUUGUUUUGUUUUGUUUUCUUUCUCUUUUCUUUCUUUUUUUUUUUUUUUGAGACAAGGUCUCACUGUGUGAUGUGUCUGACCUGGAACCCUGGAAUUUUGUAGACCAAUCUGUCCUGGAACUCAAAGCAAUCUGCCUGCCUGUGCCUUCCAAGUGUGUGCAGCACCAUACCCAGCAUGUCUGUAGUUCUUUGUGUAUUCCUUACAGUACUGUGUAUUACAAACAGUAUAGUAUUUUUAUUUUAACAUCCUAUUGUUCAUUGCCAAGGUAUAGGCAUAGGAUGGAAUUAUGUAUCCUACAUGUUUGCUAUAGUAUCUCAUUAGUUUCUUGAACUUUUGUUGGUUUUUGAGAUUUUCUUUUUUAUUUCUUCUGAAAAAGCUCCUUUCCCCUUUUGUUGACAUACAGUCCCCCUCACCCUCCACCGCCUAAUUAUUUGUAUAAUAUAAUUUAAAUUUAUUUCUAUAUUAUAUAUUUAUCUGCCUGCAUUUAUGUCUGUGUACCAUAUACAUGCCUGGUGCCUGUGGAGGACAGAGGAGUGUUGUGGGAUAAUUGUUUUGUUCACUGUGAAGAUGUGUAUCUACCUAAGGUGCCUUUUGAUUGACUUAAUAAAGAGCUGAAUGGCCAAUAGGUAGGCAAGAGAGAAUAGGUGGGACUUCUGGGGAGAGAGAGGAACUUGGGAAGAAUCUGGUGCUUGGAACUAAGCCAGUGAGAUGCACAUGGCAGAAUGUCGAUUAAUAUAAAUGGGUUAGUUCAAGUUAUAAGAGCUGGUUGGAAAAAAGCCUAAGCUAAGGCCAAGCCACGUCAUUAUUUGAGAACUGGUGGUACAAAGAAAGUCCGACUACAGAGGAGGGUGUUGUAUCCCCUGGAACUGGAGUUACAAAUGGUUGAGAGCCACCAUGGUGCUGGGAAUUGAACCUGGAUCUUCUGGAAGAGCAGGCAGUGCUGCUUUUAACCCCUGAGCCAUCUCUCCAGCCUGAUCAUAGGAUUUUUGUUAUUUACUUGUUGAUGAUAGAUUACAUUGAUUUUUAACUUUAUGGGGGGAAUGGGAUGAGUGUUGGGAAUUAAACUCUGGUCCUUGUGUGCUCUGCCAUUGAACUUCAUCCACAAACUGAAUUUUGAAGUUUUAAUUGGUUUUGCAUACCUGUCUUAAUUUCUACUUGGUUGUGGUACGUAAGUUUUUGAUUUGGUUUAGUUGAUUUCUUUAUUACAUUGAGGGAGACCCUUGGGUAGGUAAAGAUGGCCUUGAACUCCUGACUCUUGCUGCUGCUCCCAAAAUGCUGGAAUAGUCUGCCAGGGGAUUUCAGGAAGGACUAACUGAGGCGAGAAGACCCUUUCGUAUAGUGGGUGGCACUUUGAGUGUGACCUCAGUAGAGAGAGGUCCAAAGAAGAAGCAGUGUUGCUUUCCUGCCUUCCCUUCGUGCUGGUGAGUGCAUCUGUCCAUUGCUGCUGCUGCUACUGCUGCUGCUGUUCCGCCACCACCACAUCCUUCACUGACAUUGGAACCCAGCUUCUUGGGCCUUCCAGUGUGGACUGAAGAGCAGAAGCUGUCCAGGUGUGCUCUGGGCCUUUGGCACCUGAUUGAAGCUCCUGAGGCUUCUAGUCAUCGUGGAUGGAGCCUCUCCAUCAUGGAGACAGCCAUUGUUGGACUGUGCAGGCUGGAUCAGGAUCUGGUGAGCUUUGAGGAUCUGGCUGUGAACUUCACCCAGGAAGAGUGGGAUUUGCUAGAUCCUUCUCAGAAGAUUCUGUAUGGAGAUGUGAUGCUGGAAACCUGCAGGAACUUCACUGCCAUAGGAUAUGAAUGUGAAGACCAGAAAAUUGAAGAACAUUAUGAAGAUCCUGAAGUAAAUAUAAGGCACAUCAUAUCUCACUCUGAAUAUACACAGUAUGAACCUGAGGACUGUGAACAGAAGCCACAGGACUCUAAUUAUCUUACAAGGAUAGAAGGAUACACGGAAACUCACACUGUGAAUGGACCUUCUGAGUGUGAGGUAUGUUUAAAAUCCUAUGGACUAUAUCACCUCACUUACAAUGGACAUCACAACUACGAAUACAAGGAGUGUGGAGGAAGCCAAACUGUACGAAAAUGUUAUGAAUGUAACCAAUGUGGUAAAACUUUGAGUUCUUUCAAUUCUCUUCAAAGACAUCAGAAAAUUCAUAUUGAAGAAAGACCAUAUAAGUGUCAACAGUGUAGUAAGGCCUUUAGAUGUCUCAAUGCCCUUCAGUCACAUGAAAGAAUUCAUACUGGAGAAAAACCUUAUGAAUGUAAACACUGUGGUACAGCUUUUAGCAGACUUACUCACCUGCGAUUACAUGAAAAAGUUCAUACUGGAGAAAAACACUAUGAAUGUAAACAAUGUGAUAUAGUUUUCAAAUCUCAGAGUUCCUAUCAUAGACAUAAAAUAAUGCAUGGAGAAACAUUUUAUAAUUGUAAAGAGUGUGGUAAGUCUUUCAUUUACCCCUCUUUACUUCAAAUGCAUGAAAGAACUCAUACAGGUGAAAAGCCUUAUGAAUGUAAACUAUGUGGGAAAGCCUUUAGAUACCAUUCUUCCAUACGAUUACAUGAAAGAACUCAUACGGGAGAAAAACCCUAUGAAUGUAAACACUGUGGUAAAGCCUUUACACGUCAGAGUUAUCUUCAGUUUCAUGAAAGAAGCCACACUGGAGAGAAACCCUAUGAAUGUAAAGAAUGUGGUAAAGCUUUUAGGCAUCACUCUUACCUUCGAUUACAUGAAAGAAGACAUACUGGAGAGAAACCGUAUCAGUGCAUACAAUGUGGCAGAUCCUUCAGCCGACAGAGUUCCUUUAAGAGACAUCAGUCUGUUCAUGCUGUGGAAAACCCUUAUAAGUGUCAACAAUAUCUACUUCCUUUACCCCUGUUUCCUUCAAAUGCAUGAAAGAACUUACACCAGCACCAAACCUUCUGCAUGUGAACAGUGUGAUAAAAUGCUUAUCCUAAUUCACAUAAAACACACAUAAGGACUCAAAAUAGUGAUGAACCUUUAAACAAUGUAGUAUAGCCUUCAGGGGCUACAGGGACUAUAGAACUCCACCACCUGGAAGCAGUUACCAAAGAUGAUAUCUCCUGCCCUUCAGCCUUCCAUAAAAGUUUGUGGACAUCAUGUAUCUCAGAGAGAAGUAAUGCAGGAAGAAGGCCAGAAAAGAAUGACUGUGAGCCACAGUAACUUAUCUCCAGAGCUCAACAACCAAGAAAGGCCAGCACUUGGACUUUGGGGACCAUCUUGAGGUUAUAGAAACUUUUCUAGCAAACAUAGGAAAUCAUUCCCUAUAAUCAUUAGAAGAUAGGUCUGCCAUUUUAAUGAACUCUCCUUUUUUAAUGAAAACUUACAGAUUCAAACAGAGGUACACACUUGAGUCUGCUCCUAUUCUGUGGAAUGUAUUCUAUGCUGUUAUUCUCAAGUUCAGUAAAUCUACAUAUACUCUCAGUA